UCGAAAGAAGUUGCUCCUAAUUUAUAUUCCUUUAACUUAAGAAUACCAAGUAAAUAUAUAGAAACAUGUCCAACGCUAAUCCCGUGAAAAAGGUACCACUACAUUUGCAGAGCGCCCAAAACCGCGUCUACAUUAAAAAUGGUCAAGUCGUCAAUCACGAUCAAACAUUCAAAGCUGAUGUUUACAUCGAAGAUGGCAUAAUCAAAUUCGUUGGUCCCGCCUCCGAGAUUAAUGUGCCAGGUGGUGCUCGUGUUAUUGAUGCUGCUGGAAAAUAUGUUAUUCCCGGUGGUAUCGAUCCCCACACCCAUUUCCAAUUUCCCUUCCAAGGAGCUGUGUCUGUUGAUGAUUUCUAUCAUGGCACCAGAGCAGCUGUAUCUGGCGGAACCACCACAGUUAUCGAUUUCGUUGUACCCGACAAGGGUGAAUCUUUGAUAACCGCCUACAAAAGAUGGCGCUCCUGGUCUGAUGGCAAAGUAUGCUGUGAUUUCGGUUUCCAUGUUGCUGUGACCUGGUGGUCUCAACAGGUGUCCGAUGAAAUGAAAAUAUUGUGUGAUGAAUUCGGUGUGAACUCUUUCAAAAUGUUCAUGGCCUACAAGGGUAUUUAUCAAUUGAAUGACUCCGAUAUGUUGGAUGCUUUGGAACGUAUACGCGCCUUGAAGGCCGUAGCUCAAGUUCAUGCUGAAAAUGGUGAUAUUAUUGCCAAAAAUGUUGGCAGACUUUUGAAUGCUGGUGUCACUGGACCCGAAGGUCAUGAAUUGUCUAGACAAGAAGAGGUUGAAGCUGAAGCUGUUCACCGUGUUUGUGUUUUGGCUCAUCAGGUUGACUGUCCCCUCUAUGUUGUUCACGUUAUGAGCAAAUCGGCUGGUAUUGAACUCGCCAGAGCCCGUCAACGUUACAACAACCGUGGUAUUUAUGGUGAAACCUUGGCUGCUGCCUUGGGUACCAAUGGCACAAAUUGCCAGCACAUUUGCUUCCAUCAUGCUGCCUCACACAUUUUGAGUCCUCCCUUGAGAUCUGAUCCCACAACACCCGAAUUCAUGAUGCGUUUGUUGGGCAAUGACAAUCUCCAGACCACCGGCAGUGACAACUGCACCUUCAACAAGGAACACAAAGAGUUGGGCAAGGGCAACUUUGCCAAUAUUCCCAACGGUGUUAAUGGCGUUGAGGAUCGUAUGUCUGUGAUAUGGGAAAAUGGUGUACAUGCUGGUAUUUUGGAUCCCUGCCGUUUUGUUGCAGUCACCAGUACCAAUGCUGCCAAGAUCUUUAAUAUCUAUCCACAAAAGGGCUACAUUGGUGUAGGCUCUGAUGCCGAUAUUGUUAUUUGGAAUCCUAAUGCAACUCGCAAAAUUUCCAAGGAUACCCAUCAUCACAACUGUGAUUUCAACAUCUUUGAGGGUAUGGUGUGCCAUGGUGUUCCCGAAAUUGUUUUGGUUCGUGGUCGUGUGUGUGUGGAGGAUGGUGAAGUUCGCGUAGUUGAGGGUCAUGGUCGUUUCUUGAAUACUCCCCUUCGUCCUCCUUACAUCUACGAUGUUAUGGACGGCUUAGUUGAGCCCCCACAAAAUUUGGCCUUGAAGAAUGCCCAUUUACCUGAAAUGGAGAGGGAAAUUCAAGAACAAAUCCCCAUUUACAGAUCUCUGGCAUGUGAAACUCCCUCUGUGGCUGCCUAUGGCAGUGAUCAUAUUAAACAUUCUUGCAAAAAGCAAGAAGAAACCUCUAAAGAUUGUCCCCGUUCAUCGAUUAAGAUACAAAAUCCCCCUGGUGGCAAAUCAUCUGUCUUGUGGUAGACUUACUUUUCAUACGUAAUCUCACCAUGUCUUCCAUAUUUUAAUGGAAUUUGUAUAAUUUUCGGCAUUUCCACUUUCAUAAUUAUUUUACACAUACUUAUAAAUAAAUAUAAUAUCUAAAUUCUAAAUACAUAUCAAUAUUUGAUGAAAUUAAAUAUAAUUUUUAUUUAUCCACCAUGUUAAA